AACAUCGCAUUUGCGGUACGGAAUUCACUAGGAAGUACUGUGUGUUAUUAUAUAUGGGAACUAUAACGCUUUGUAACGUCAACAAUGCGAUCGUGCAGACCGACACGUUUUUCCGUCUUCGUGCUUUUGAGUUGCGUGAUUCUGCUGGAGUACCGGGUUAUUGUGAAAAAAGUACAUUUUCUUUUGAAAUAAGCAGUAAAAACAGAAGCAUAUAGUUUUAAAAUGUUAACACGUGCCGGAUCCAUACUUUCGAGAGGCGGAUUAUGUGGAAGAAUUUGCUUAACUUCUGAAACACUUGCUUUGCCUGCUGAAAACCACCGAAAUUACCAUAUCGCUUGCCUGAACGACCAUCGUCACAUAUUGCGUACCAGCCAGACCGUAAGAUUGCAGAACAAAUUCUUCACUCCUCUGACUGCGUCGGUUUUGGUGAGAAACAUCAGCACCAAUGACGCAGAUAAAAAUUUACUGGAAAUUAUUCCUGAGCCACCGGCGAUUCCAGAACCGACGGUGAUUCCGGCGGCACCGGAAAUAUCAGAUAUAGUCGCAGCUGGUGCAGAACCUACAUUCGCUUCGCUUGGCCUAGGAGGCUGGAGUCCUGUGGGGAUAGUACAAAACUGCAUGGAAUUCCUGCACAUAAGCUUGGAUCUUCCCUGGUGGGGGUGCAUCGCCAUUGGUACAAUUUGUGUGCGAACUUUGUUGUUCCCGCUAGUCAUUGCAAGUCAGCGUAACGCUGCCAAAAUGAACAACAACAUGCCCCAGAUGCAGCUUCUGCAGAUGAAAAUGACUGAGGCCCGGCAGGCCGGUAAUGCGAUCGAUUCCGCUCGUUAUGCACAGGAAAUGGUUCAGUUUAUGAAGGAAAAGAAUCUUAACCCGUUGAAGAAUAUGCUGGUGCCAUUGGCACAGGCUCCAAUUUUUAUUUCGUUUUUCGUGGGAUUACGGCAAAUGGCGAAUGCUCCGGUAGAAUCCCUGCGGGAUGGAGGACUAUUCUGGUUCACGGAUUUGACUGUUUGCGAUCAGUUCUAUGCUUUACCAAUUAUUACCAGUUUAACUAUGUUUCUGACGAUCGAGGUAGGAACGGAUAGCGCACGGAUGUCGGCCCCGAACAUGCAGACCGUGAGAUAUGUUCUGCGCGCGAUGCCACUAUUCGUUUUUCCUUUCACUAUUAACUUCCCAGGAGCUAUCCUUUGCUACUGGGUGUGCAGUAAUUUCUUCUCACUGAUACAAGUUGGUUUCCUGCGAAUUCCAGCAGUGAGGGAUUAUUUCAAGAUAGAACGAUUGGUUCAGUUCCAGCCGGAUGCGUUGCCGAUUAAGAAGAAAAAGUUCACUGAAGGUGUCAAGGAGUCUUGGUCAAAUAUGAAAAUUACGCGGGAACUCCAGGAACGAGCACGAAUCGACGAAAUAACCUUUCAAAAAGCUGGCCGAGGCCCACUGGUUAAAACAUACAAGUACGAUCCCACUGCUGCUAGACCGGCGACAGGAAACACAAUCAACGCUAAGAAGCGGUAAUCAAGUAUGUAAUGUGCGACGCCAUUAAACACAAAACUUAACAUUUAAAUACAAUAGUUUAUUAUUUGGUUAUUUA